GUUCUAAGAAGAAUAAAAACAGUCUGAAAGGAGGUUUUCAUUUUAACCAAUCAAUGAUUUCCGUGUCUUUAUUGUCGCGCCAGAAACCCUUCGACUGCACACAGCAAGUAAAUUGAUUGGUCAACGUGAGGUAUUAUUGGAAAUACGCUCUCUUUACCAGACGUGCAAUAUUGAAUUCUGGGCAGUCGCUACUAGGCCAUAAAAGAACCCGGGGCAAUUCCACCAAAAAGUGUUAUGCUUUCUUUCUUUAAGGAACAUUAUGUCCUACACUAUGCUUCGCUUCAUUUAACAGUCCCUGUAUUUAUUCAUAUCCCUCUUAGAACUGUUGCUAAGAAACUCUAGUCAGUUUCUGCCCUUUGUGUUAUUGAUGUUUGCGAACCAUCCACAUUUAUUAUUGAACUUGAAGGAGCCAAUCAAAAGCGUGAAAAAACGACUCCCCCGAAGGACCACUCCAAGUUUUGAAAUCGCAAUUAAGUUUAAAGAUCAUCCUAGAAAAGCUUUAUUUUUGUGAGAUCUAAAUUCUGUGAUCCAAGCUUGUUUAGGGCCGUGGACGCGACGAUGCUGAAGGUGUUCGUAAAGAGCGCGACCAACUUACCGGAUGUGGAUAGGUUGGGCGGUAAGAGUGACCCUUAUGCUGUCGUCUGCUUCCAAGGUCUCGAAGAGAAAACAGACGUUGUUAAAGAUGAAUUGAAUCCCUCUUGGAAUAAGGAGCUGACGUUUAACCUAAACGGGCGAUCUUUGUCGGCAAAAGAUGAGGUGACGGUGCAAGUCAAGGAUUGGGAGAAAGUGCUAUUUCAUCGACUGCUAGGUUCUGUCACUAUUCCCCUUGGUGGCCUAACAAAAGGGAAAUUAAAGAAUCUGGACAAGGACCUGGAGUUGUUGGAUGUCUCCAAGCGACCUAUUUCGAGCAAAAUCCAACUCUCCUUGAGAUAUGAAUCGCCGCCUGAUCCAACCGGAAGUGACGUCAUCGAGGAGGAGGAGUUUGAAAAUGGCGACGAGGAUGAGGAGAGAACUUCAGGUGCUUCACCUGGUGCUGAAGGAAAGCCAAGAAAAAAGCGGCAAAAGAAGAAGAAGAACAAAGAACUUUCCGACAAAGUUCAAGAUUUCCAGAUACGAGUACGUGUGUUUGAAGCUCGUCAGCUUCCAGGGGGCAAUAUUCAUCCUGCAGUGCGGGUUUGUGUCUCCAAACAAGCCCAACAGACCCAAGCAAAGAAAUCCACGCACAGACCAACAUUCAACCAGACGUUCACUUUCAAGCUAAGAGGAGCACCUGCUGAUCUGUUCAAUGACUGCGUCUGCUUCGAGGUUUAUGACGUGCGCAAGUUUCGUCGAGAUGCCCUUCUGGGGUUCUUUGAGAUGGAAAUCGGAGAUAUCUACGAACGCCAAGAUCAUUCUAUCAUCCGCAAGUGGAUGCUGCUAUCUGUUGAUGACAAGCAUGCCCACGAUGAUCACGAGGGUGAAGACGGGCCAAGGACACCGACAGGAGACCCUGCAGGCUACUUGAAGGCAACAGUGAGCGUCCUUGGGCCAAAGGAUCCCCCACCUAAUAUCAAGAAGUUAGCAGAAAAAGACACUAGUGAUGACAUCGAAUCCAAUCUGUUGCGGCCUUCCGGCGUUACACUUCAGCCGGUGGUUUUGACACUCAAGGUGUAUUUAGCAGAGGAUCUGCCGCAAAUGGAUUCCUCCGCGGGUCAGGGAAUCAAGAAGUUUUUUGGGUUUCAUAAGACUGGUGACAAGUUUGUCGACCCCUAUGCAGUCGUAAGCUUUUCAGGAAAAAAGAUUCAGACGGCCAUCAAGUACAAGACAGAUUGCCCAGCGUUUAACCAGACACUCCGGAUACCUGCGCAGUUCCCCUCCAUGUGCGAUCAUCUGAAAAUACAGCUGUUUGACUGGGACCGUUUAACAGAUGAUGAUUGUAUAGGGACUGCUGUUCUCUUGCUGAGUGAUAUAUCUGGCCGCGGCGAGCAAGGUUUCUUGCCGCAGUUUGGUCCUUGCUUUGUAAAUUUCUAUGGAUCUCCUCGCGAGUUCUCCGAGCUUCCAGAUGAAUUUGAUCAACUCAAUUACGGAAAGGGGGAGGGGGUGGCGUACCGUGGACGACUGAUGGUGGAACUAGAGACGAGUGUAACUGAAGAAAUCGAUGACGAGAUCGAGGACAUUGAUCCUAAUGACGUCAUAAGACUGCAGCCAUUUCUUAGCCGCACCAAGUACAAGCUAUUUGCGUGUUUCUACGAGGCGUCCAUGGUUGCCGAGGUGGAUGGUCCGGUCGAGUUUGAAGUCAGCAUCGGUAACUAUGGCAACGCAAUGGACGAAUCAGUGGCGCCGUCCAACACGCCGCCAUGUAACGCGGUGUAUGAUGGGAGUUACUAUUACUAUCUGCCGUGGGGCGAGGACAAGCCAUGCGUGUGCGUGGAAAGCUACUGGGAGGACAUAACCUUUCGACUCGAGCCUCUCAACGUGAUCUGCGGCGUUGCAGAGCGAUUGGAAAAUGGCAUUAGAGACGUUCGCAGCAUCCAAGCCCAGUCCCUUGCAGGAGACGCGGCCACAGUUCUGCUUGGCCUGUUGGAUCAGCUAAUAAAAGACUGCAGCAAACCUCUUCCAAACCUAAAGGGACGAUCGAACAAACUGGACGCUAAACUACGACAGCAGCGUAUCGCAGAACUGGCCUACGUGACAGAAGAGGCCCGCGCGUUGUCUACACAGAGCCCGUGGGACUUGGAGAAGACCCUCUUUCAAGUAGAGGAGCUAUUGCAAGUGUUGAAAGACCUUACAGUAGAGCCCCAGAACUGCGUCCCCGAUAUCAUAAUCUGGAUGCUCAGCGGUAGUAAUCGUGUGGCAUACCACAGGAUUCCCGUGAAUGAGGUGUUGUAUUCGGUCAGUCCCGACGCGCGCGGGAAGUCCUGCAAGAAGACGGUGGAGCUGAUUAUGAAGUACCCAGAUAAGAAGUCACUUGACUUCAAGUCCCACCCAGAAGUCCCCGCGGUAGUGAGGCUUGAGCUGUGGUUUGGCCGUGAGGAAUUCCAAGGAGACUGGACCGAUCGCCAAGCAGUCGAGGACGGGGCGUUCUGUGUAUUUGCAGAAACUUACGAGAACGAAAUGAACGUGGCGAGUUUUUGGACAAAAAAGUUGUUACCUCGCCCGGACUUCUCGAAUCCAAGCGGAGACUUUCCAUUACCAAAAGAGAAAUUCCAAGCUCCCGCGGGAUGGAAGUUCGAAGGAGACUGGUUUAUAAACCCAGAAUUGAGUUUGACGUAUGAACGCGACGCAGGACACACUUCCUUCCUCGAGGACCUGUUUGAAAACGAGUCUCGGAUGUUACCUGGUGGAAACUGGAAGCAAGCUUCUCAGCCCUGGACAGACGUGUGCGGUGACGCGUCGAGUAGCCCUAAAGAGACGCCUUGCCCUGAGGGGUGGGCGUGGUCAUCCACGUGGCAAGUGGACCGGAACCGAGCCGUAGAUGAUGAUGGGUGGGAGUACUCUGUGGACGUGUCGUACGGUGCGUAUGGACCGAUCCAGAAAGCGUACCAUCUAGUGCGCAGGAGACGCUUGGUUCGACAGCGCAAUCUCAUGGACUCCCAUGCAGGAUCAAAGAGAGAGGAGCUAGAAGAGUUUACCAAGGAGGGCUGGGUGUAUUCCAUGACAUUUUCUGCAAAGUUUCACGCGAAGAAGAGAAACACUGACUUUGUGAGACGAAGGCGAUGGCACAAGAAGAUGAUUCCUCAGGAGGGAGGGGAGGGUACUGUCGACCUGCCACCCGUCCUCCAAGUUGACAUGGAUGGAAAGAGUGACGAGAAAGGUUGCAUCCGGAAUCUUCCCAGGAUGUUUGUUUCCUUUAAAAGUCCUCGUAAGUUCCAGCUGUGGGUGUACCUGUAUCAAGCACGUGACCUUGUCAGUCUAGAUGACAGCGGGAUGAACGAUUGUUACGCGCGUGUCGCGUUUGGUAAACAGAGCCAGAGCACGGAGAUCAUCCCCCAAAGCCUGUGUCCGUGCUGGGACCAGACGCUUGUCUUUGAGCACGUGAACAUCAGCGAGAGCCUGGAUAACAUCUCCCGCUACCCACCAAAUGUCUUCAUUGAACUCUUUGACAAAGAUUCCGUGGGCAAGGAUGACUUCCUUGGUCGCGGAAGCCUGGUACCGAUUGUUCGUUUAAAUGGUUACCAGACUCCGGAGCCCGAGUUGAAAUGGAUCGCGAUAAAACGCGGUCAAGAGACUGGGGGAGAGGUUCUGGCAGCAUGUGAGCUGUUCCUGGACGAAGGGGCCGACCUUCCGUUCAGUCCAAUCAAGCGGGGAGAUGGAAUCUAUGGCGUCCGGAGCGGAGUCCGUCCGAAAACACAGCGCGCCGCAAUAGAGGUAUUGUGUUGGGGUGUACGCAACAUGGCGAAGUUUGAACUCACCAGUGUGACGUCACCGUCAGUGGAGGUCGAGUGCGGUGGUGCCGUAGUGACGUCAGAUGUCAUCCGGGACACUAGAAAAACUCCUAACUUUAGCAAACCGACACUGCCCCGUAUGAUACUGAAUCUCCCAGUAAAAGAGGUAUAUAGUCCUCCAAUCAACAUCCGAGUUCGGGACAACCGCUCAUUUGGGCGUUGCCCAAUCGUGGGUGUCCAUUCUAUUAAGACGCUCACGCCAUUCAAAUGCCAAACACCCGUUGAGCUGGAGCAAGCGAUUCCGGCCAACAAAGUUAGCAGCCGGACUUCGUCUGCAGCAAGUCGUACUGCCUCCCACACCGUUGAUGUGGCCGAAACGAGAAGGGACAAAGAAAAGAAAACCAUGGAGCAGUACGUGGAUUGGUGGUCCAAAUUCUAUGCUUCUAUUGGCCAAGCAGAGAAAGCUGGCGCAUAUCUCGACUUGGGAUACCAGACGAUCACGGUUUAUCAAACCGAGCUGGAGAGAGUCGAGGAGUUUGGAGGCUUCAAGGACUUCAUACUAACCUUUCCUAUUCGCCGAGGUAAAUCCAAGUCAAAGUACGACCAAGAAGAUGCGGUAGUGGGGGAAUUUAAGGGAGCAUUUCGUGUAUACCCCCUUCCCCCUGAUGAACGGAACAUGACCCUUCCCGAAACCAUCUACACUGCGCUGCCUCCGUCUGAACCCACAGACUGCCUGGUCAGAGUUUAUGUUGUCAAGGGCGUUGACCUACAGCCACAAGACACGAACGGAAAGGUUGACUCGUACCUUAUAGUAUCCCUCGGUAAGAAGAAAUUUGACGAUGAGACAAACUACGUGGCCAACAACUUGAAUCCUGAGUUCGGAAGAAUGUUUGAGUUUAGCGCCCAGAUCCCCCUUGUCAAGGAUUUAAAGGUGGUCGUGAAGGACCGCGAUGUCCUAGGGCGAGAUGACGUCAUUGGUGAGACCGUGAUUGAUUUAGAGCAGAGGCUGCUAUCACGCUUCCGAGCUACCUGUGGUCUGUCGAAAGAAUAUUGUAGGUCGGGUGUAAACAAGUGGCGAGACAGUCAAAAGCCCAUGAACAUCCUGAAGGAGUGGUGCGCUGCCACAGGAAAGCAGGUGGCGAUAUACGGGGGGAACACACUCAUACUGGAUGGACAGACCUACUCCCUCGACGAUAUCGCUGAGGAAGAGACCGCCCCGCAUGGCCACCAUGGUAGCACAGAUCAACGUCUGGCGCUCCACGCGCUGAACCAGCUCCGCCUUGUACCAGAACACGUAGAGACGAGACCGCUGUACAAUCCACUGCAGCCGCAUUUCGAACAGGGAAAGAUUCAAAUGUGGGUGGACAUUUUCCCAAAGCAUCUCGGAACACCUCCUCCUCCUGUCAAAAUUUCAGCAAGAAAACCCAAAAACUAUGUUGCGCGUGUCAUUGUGUGGAACACCGCUGACGUUCAGCUUCAAGAGACCUCGAUAACUGGAGAGAAAAUGAGUGACAUCUAUAUCAAAGGAUGGCUAGAUGGCAUCGACGAUUCUCAAGAAACGGACGUGCAUUAUCGGUGUAUGGACGGCGAAGGCAACUUUAACUGGCGAUUCGUGUUUCCUUUCAUGUACCUUCCCCACGACAAGAAAAUGGUGGUCAUCGAAAAGGACCACAUCUUGUCCAUGGAUGCCACAACGCACAAGAUAAAGCCGAAACUGGUUAUCCAGGUCUGGGAUAACGACAUUUUAGGGGGAGACGAUUACAUAGGUAGUGGCGAGUUCGAACUGACCAAGAUGCCACAACCCGCCAAGACCCCGUCCAAGUGCCGCAUGGGAGGUGAACCAGGGAGCAUUGAUUUGUUCCAGCAGAGGAGUGCAUACGGAUGGUGGCCUCUGUAUUCCAUACAAGAUAACAAAGAGAAACUGGCGGGAAAAGUCGAGAUGACAAUUGAAAUACUGAAUGAGGAGGAAGCCGAGCUUAGGCCCGCGGGACAAGGACGGGAUGACCCGAACAGAAACCCCACACUGGAUGAGCCACAACGCCCCUCGACCUCCUUCCUGUGGUUUGCGUCGCCUCUCAAGACUCUACGUUACGUCAUCUGGAGGAACUAUAAGUGGACCAUCCUGACGAUCCUUGUCGUCCUUUUGAUCAUCAUCUUCCUGGUUUUACUGAUCUACUCGACGCCUGGCUACACGGUCAAGAAGAUCCUGGGAGCUUAGAUCAGGCCACGCUACACGGUCAAGAAGAUCUUGGGAGCUUAUAUCAGGCCUGGCUAUACACAGACAAGAAAAUGCUAGGAGCUUAUAUUAGGUCUGUCUCCACGGUCAAGUAGAUGCUUAGUCCAGACCUGGGACUCUCUUUGCGCUCGACUUUCUCGCUCGCGUGAAGGUCCAGUAUUUAUUGCAUGCGCAAACGCGAACAUGUACCAAUCCGCGAUCUUCGUCUUUCACACGAGCCAGAAUGUCGUACGCAAAGAGAGUCCCAGGUCUGGACUAGAAGUUGCUGAGAGCCUAGUAGAUCAGGCCUAGCUACACUGUCAAGUUUAUUGUAAAGGCUAAGAUAAUGCCUACCUACAAGGUCGAGAAUAUGCCAACUACCUAAAUUCCAAGAGCUUAGAUUAUAAUAAUGUGUGACGCUUGUACGAGGUUCGCAUGUUACUGGGGCAUGCAUUUUAAAGCAUAUUUAAUCGAGAUAUUUUCAGGUACACGAUAGAAAUAUUAAAAGUUUUUAUUUACAGUUUAAAUUAUAAUUAUCUUUGACUUUUAGAAAUAUAAAUGAUGUAAUAAUGUUCCCGCAAAUGCAAACAGUUUCUAUUUAUAUGCUAUCUUUAUAUAUAAUGGAACGGAAUAAAAAGAUACUAGCAGUA